AUGAAGUUCGCCGCCGCCGCCGUCCUCCUCACCGGCCUCGUUGCCGCCAACCCUCUCCCCCAGCCCAGCACCAUGCUCGGCCACAUGAUCAUGCGCCGCGACACCGUCGACUACGCCGAGUUCGUCCCUGGUCCCUGCAAGGAGAUCUGCCGCGUCAACAACGGCCUCUACACCGAGUGGGAGGCCAAGAACUGCAACAAGGAGGUCACCGACGAUUGCAACAAGACCAUGUGCAAGUACGUCGACUCCCAGCUCGAGUGUGCCGAGUGCCAGAUGCGCAACUCGGGUGACGAGAACGUCGUCUCUGAGGACGACAUCGACCAGUCCAAGGACGAGGCCCGCCGCCAGUGCCAGCAGCUCGGCUACCCUACCAAGCUCUAA